AUGGCAUUCGUUGGUGUCCCAUGUCGGUCCUCCGCAGAUGUAGAGUUGAAAAGACCUAUCCGACUUUUUGUUGAAAAAACCUAUGGUUCGGCAACUUUAGAUGCUGUUUCCGCGUCAAUAGAGAAGCUUAAUGAUUUACGUAGAGGCACUAUUCAGAGGUUGCGUGAUCGAACGCUAUCCGCCGCCCAUCAGAUUGCCAAAAUCAUUUUAAAAAGCUCGAGAGGCACCAAGGUUAGAAAUGGUGAAACCUCUUCAGUCGAACAGCAUCACAAAUCAUUCGAUCUUUGGUCGAAACGCCUAAACACAACUCUAACUUGGUCCACCAAAACAACACUGGUCAAAAGGACAAACGAAUCACCCGAUGUGUGGAACUCCGCUUUCGCCAUGAUUAAGAAGACCAUUGAGAAACUUUUUCUUGUUUCAUUUCCAAGCGUCAGUUCACACUUGGAUUUCCUUUCCGAUCGACGAAAAGAAAAGUCAUUCCCAGCCCCGCAGAUGAUGCUGAAGAAGACCCGGAUACAGAAAAAACAUCAGCACUUCAUUGCGGAAUUCAUGCGACAUGAUUCUCACUGA